GGGGAUUCUCUGAGCAUGAGAGUGCGCCCUCAGAGCUCAGAACAGCUAACCUUAGAGCAGAGAUAGCCAGAUACACACAUACAGCGCUUUCUCCCUAACUAAGAACAUUUUCACUCAAAAAGUAAAAGUGAAUUCAAAGCAACAACAACAACAAAUUAUCCAAAAGGGCAACACCCUAAUUGGAUUAAACUAGUGAAAAGAAAAAAUAUAUUAAUGAUUAUUUAUCAUUAAUUUUAGGGAAUGAGUAAAAGGGACAUCUGAUCUAACUACUCUUCUCAGAAAGAAAAUAAUAAAGUGGAUUUGUACACAUCUUGGACAAGAGGAGGAACAAGACAAGAAGACUCUUGGAGAACCAGAGAAAAGAGAGAAAGAAAUAGAAGAUAAUAUCUCCUCAUCCUCAGCAGCAGCAGUAGCAGUCUGACCCUGCUCCCUAAAGUGGACUGGUGAUUUCCUCCACCUGAGAGAGGACUAUCACCACUCUGCCCAGACUGCACCCAGCCUCGCUGCACUCCUCUCCAGCCUCCAGCGCAGCCUCAGCCCCCUACAGCACCACAUCCCUGGAGGAUGGCUGCAACCAAGACAGAGAUGCUCAAUCCAGCCCUGCAGAUCUCAGACGCCCUCAGCUUCACCCACUCGCACAUGGAUAACUAUCCCAAGCUGGAGGAUAUGAUGAUGUUGAGCUCCGCUGGGACCCCCUUCCUCUCUGCCUCAGCGCCCGAGGGAGCAGAUUUCGGAUCGGGGGAGCCAGGAGAGCAGUAUGACCACCUUACUGGAGGUAAGAGUGUCUCCUUGGUCUAUUGCUGUAUGGAACUACUGUAUUGUAUUGUAUUGUAUGAUAGACUGCAUUCUGCAGUAGCAGAAUGCAUGGCAUGAAACAGUUGAUACAUAAUGCAUAAUAAUGCAUGAUCAUUGUUUGUGUUCAGCUGGCAACUAUUAAUUACAUUUCAGCUUCAAGAGAAGACCCUUGAUAUGUUGAAUAUGCUCUUUGAAUGAGAUAUGUCUACUUCUAAUUAUGUUUAGAUUUUCUUUUUAAAUAAACAAAUUAAAUAUAAUAAAGCAAUUUAAUGAAUGACGAUUGGAAAUACCUAACCCCCCCAAAAUUGAGAAUUUGAUCAAUUAAAUUGUAGCUCUUCAUCACUUUUGGAUUGUAUUUGAGCUUCAGCAUUGCUCACUCAUUGCAUACCUUCAGACAGUCUAGAGCUACACUAAAAUUGCAUUCCUAAAACCAGCUGAACUGCAGUUUCAGUAAUCAAUUUCCUUUGGCUAUGUGGUGGACUUCAAGAGCUUGGCGCGCGUGUGUGUUUGUGUGCGUCACAGAAAGAAAAUACAACUGUAAAAUAAAAUAUAUCUAAAAAUGCAUGCAGAUGGCUUGGCUUGACUUGCACGACAGCUCUCGUCUAUCUUUUGGUUAGUGGAGGAAAUGGCUGGUGUGGGAGUUUAGAGGUGGGAAAGAGCUGGGGUUGCUGGGCUGGGAGGGAGGGAGGCUGGUUCUCCUGCUUUGCGUAGGCACCUGCUGCUCUUAGAGAGGAGAGGGGCAACACUGUCCACCUCUGGCAGGAUUCCCCUUCUCCCUCCCUCCCUCCCUCCCUCCCUCCCUCCCUCCCUCCCUCUCUCUCUCCCUCCCUCCCUCCCUCCCUCCCUCCCUCCCUCCCUCCCUCAUGGAUAUUAAUUGAUUAAUCUUUCUCUUUGCAGAUACGUUACCUGAUAUCUCCAUGAACUGUGAGAAGUCGAUGGGCGAGCAGAGCUACUCCACCCAGCGGCUGCCUCCCAUCUCCUACACCGGCCGCUUCACCAUGGAGCCCGCCACCAACAGCAGCAACAGCCUGUGGGCCGAGCCCCUGUUCAGUCUGGUCAGUGGGCUGGUUGCGAUCAACCCCCCCUCCACCUCCACCCCAUCCUCCUCCGCCUCUCAGACCGGCACCUCUUCCUCGUUGUCCUCCUCUAUCUCAUCCAUCGCCAUCUCCUCUCAGAGCUCCGGUCUGAGCUGCUCCGUCCACCACAGUGAGAAUAACCCCAUCUACUCGGCUGCUCCUACCUACUCCAGCGCCAGCCCUGACAUAUUUUCCGAUCAGGGCCAGUGCUUCCCCAGCCCCGCCGGAGGGUCGCUCCAGUACAACCCUCCAGCCUACCCUAACGGGAAGAUGUGUGGCAACAGCUUCCCUGUGCCCAUGAUCCCUGACUACCUCUUCCCCCAGCAGCAGGGGGAGAUUAGCCUUCUACCUGAUCAGAAGCCCUUCCAGAACGGGUCAGGCCAGCCCUCCCUCACCCCCCUGUCCACCAUAAAAGCCUUCGCCACCCAGACAGGCUCCCAAGACCCGAAGCGUGUCUACCAGUCCCAGGUGAUCAAGCCCAGCCGCAUGCGCAAGUACCCCAACCGGCCCAGCAAGACGCCGCCCCACGAGAGGCCGUAUGCCUGCCCCGUGGAGACAUGCGACCGCCGUUUCACCCGCUCAGACGAGUUGACACGCCACAUCCGCAUCCACACAGGCCAGAAGCCCUUCCAGUGCCGUAUCUGCAUGCGCAACUUCAGCCGCAGCGACCACCUGACCACGCACAUUCGCACGCACACCGGUGAGAAGCCCUUCGCCUGCGAGAUCUGUGGACGCAAGUUUGCCCGCAGCGACGAGAGGAAGAGGCACACCAAGAUCCACAUGAGGCAGAAGGACAAGAAGGCGGAAAACGGUGGGAUGACUGGGUUGUUGGCUGUAGCAGCAGCUUCAGCAUCAGCCCCUUCCCCUGCCUCUAGUUACGCCUCUCCCAUCACCUCCUACCCCUCCCCGGUCUCCUCCUACCCCUCCCCAGUCACAUCCUGCUACUCCUCUCCCAUCCACACCUCGUACCCCUCUCCCUCCAUCGCCACCACCUACCCCUCUGUCUCCAUGUCCAUGUCCACUACCUUUCAGUCCUCCAUGGCAUCCUCCUUCCCCUCCUCCGUAGCCUCCAUCUACACCUCUCCGGUCCCCACCCCGCUAUCAGACAUGCAGUCCACACUCUCCCCAAGGACAAUCGAGAUCUGCUAA